AUGGACACCGAGUGCCAGAAGGAACGCUAUUCCCUCACACUGGUCAAUGGUCCAAGUGACAAGCAGGCAGCCAAAGAUUACAUCGCGAAUGUGGACGUGAACAACGACAACACCAUUUCACAGUAUCUUACCUUCAGCGGCAACAACAAGAACAAUCUCAUGACAAUCAAGUUGGCUGGUGUCGUCGCCGUGUGCUAUUGCGGGAUGGAUGAAUGUGAAAGCCCGUCCUUCUGGAUCUUCGGUGGCCUGAUGACUAUUCAGGGACCAGAAGGUGGCCGCAACUUCAUCUUCCCCACGAACGUAGUCGUCAAGUUCGACUUGAAGGGAUGGGGUUUCAGUCCGAACGACAAGAUUCGCAUCAUCCCUGCGACGUCACAAUGUUCGGGCAGAAAACUCAGCUCUCCACUAGGGUGCUCACUUCUUGCAGGGACUGACCGGAGGAUGCCGUCCAGUCCAAGCCUGUCCGGGCAAGAGAUGAGCAGACUGAAGGGACAAGCGCCAUGA